AAUAUGACUGUUUGGGAGGCUAAGAGCUAUAAGCAUUAGCUGAAGAACACAUCAAAGUCAAAGCUGUUAAACUGAGAAAAUAACAGAGCAGAAAGCAAACUAUUUUGCAGCACAGGAAGUUACCAAGUCAUGGGACUUCCCACAGACUAUCAGAAGAAUAAUUGCAGAGGAAGCAGAUGUUAAGUGACAAGCAAGUUGUAAGGUCUCUCAUUUCAAAGGGAUCAUAAGGCAGAAAUUAGGCUGGAGCGCUGGAAAGUGUGAGAUGCCAGAUGAAGAGGCAUGAAAUUAGAAUGUGAAUAGAAGAUUGAGUUGUAAAGGUCUGAGUCCCAGAUUGUGAAAUUCAGCAAUGAUACACUGUGGAAAAAGGCACGUGUAUGCUAUUGUUGCGUGUAUUGUAAUUUUUGGAAGUAUUUUAAUCUGCUCCUGGAAAGGUCCUCAGCUACAAGAUAAUAUAAAAAGAAAAAUCUUCCCCCAGGGAAAAAAUGUCAUUCCAGUUGGUCAAUUCUGCAGGGGAAAAGCUGCAAAAAAUGUAAUAACACCCUUAAAAGAUAACAGAACUUUUAUCAUCUCCCCAUACUUUGAUGAUAGAGAAGGCAAAGUCACACGUGUGAUUGGGAUUGUUCACCAUGAAGAUGUCAAAGAACUAUACUGCUGGUUUUGUUGUCAGCCCCUUGGAAAGAUAUACAUAUCAAAGGCAGAAAUAGAUGUUCACUCGGACAGAUUUGGAUUCCCCUAUGGUGCUGCAGAUAUAGUUUGCUUGGAACCUGGAAACUGUGAUCCAACACACGUAUCAAUUCAUCAGUCUCCACAUGGAGAUAUUGACCAGCUAUCGAGGUUUGAAAUAAAAAACCGCAAAGCAGAGCCCUUCUCUGCUGACUUUACAGUAUGCAUCUCUGCCAUGUUUGGAAAUUACAACAAUGUCUUACAGUUUAUACAGAGUAUGGAAAUGUACAAGAUUCUUGGGGCACAGAAAGUGGUGAUCUACAAGAACAACUGCAGCCAGAUGAUGGAGAAAGUCCUGAAGUUUUAUUUGGAAGAAGGAACAGUAGAGGUAAUUCCGUGGCCAAUAAACUCAUAUCUCAAGGUUUCUCCUAAAUGGCGCUUCAUGCAAGAUGAAACACACAUUGGCUACUAUGGACAAAUCACAGCUCUAAAUGACUGUAUAUACCGCAACAUGCAGAGGAGCAGGUUUGUGGUUCUUAAUGAUGCUGAUGAAAUAAUUCUUCCCCUUAAGCACUCAGACUGGAAAACAAUGAUGAGCAGUCUUCAGGAGCAAAAUCCAGGAACUGGUGUUUUUCUCUUUGAGAACCAUAUCUUUCCAGAAACAAUUACCACUCCCAUGUUCAACAUUUCAUCUUGGAACACUGUGCCAGGUAUUAACAUACUACAGCAUGUUCACAGAGAGCCUGACAGGAAAGAGAACCAUAUGGCCUGA